CACUUACACCAUUCAGAUCCACGAUGGCAAGGCCAAGAGUCAAAGCUCACUGGUUCUUGUGGGAGAUGCAUUCAAAGUUGCUCUGAAGGAAGCUGAUUUCCAGAGAAAAGAGCACAUCAGAAAACAAGGCCCUCACUUCUCAGAAUACCUGUCUUUCCAUGUGAUGGAUGACUGCACAGUGAUGCUUGUGUGCAAGCUGGCCAAUGUGAAGAAAGAGACAACAUUUGCCUGGUUUAAAGAGGAUGAAGAAAUUACCGUUGAUGUUCCACCAAACCCAAUGUCUGGAUCUUGCUCUCUUCCAAUCCCCAUGUUCUCCAGAAAAGACCAGGGAAUUUACAAAGCUGUGCUGGGUGAUAACCGUGGAAAAGACACUUCUGUCUAUGAUAUUUCUGGCAAAGGUAACGAUAU